AUGGCGACGAACAAAAACUAUUUAUUACAUAGCCUUGCAGCAAAUGAUGGAUCAAUAUCUUUAGUAGUCGCACCGAAUCCAAAUAUCCAAAUUCAUACCUUGCAAGUUGUUCCGGCACCACCGAAUUCACAUUUAAGAACCAUCGAUUCUUAUUCUGACAAAACUAACGGCAAUAACAACGAAGAAGAUCGAAUAAUCACGAAUCCGAAUAAUCAUUUAACCCAUCCAACAUAUAACAAACUGCUAAGUGGAACAAAUAGUAGUAUAAAAGAGGAACGUAUUUCCGAUACUGAAGAAGAAACAAAACACGACAAAAAAAUUUCAUCCAAUUCAAAGCAAAAUUUAAUUCUGGAUGGUAAUACCAAUUCAACUGCAACGUUAGUAUCCACUAACAAGCAUAAAACGGCAAAUUUAACAAAUACCACAGAACAGCGUAAUAAUUCACAAACAAAGUCGCCUAGCUCAUCGUCCUCUCCAUCAGUGCAACAACGUAGUGCAAACAAUAUUCGUCCGGAUCAUCAAACAGUGAUUACAACAGUACAUCUUGGAUCAAAUGAAAACAAUAGUUUACUUUCAAUGUCAAUACCAGUCACUGGAUCUCAUUUAAUUCCUAAUCCUCCUUCGAUACUUUGUCAAGACAGCGGUACUGGAACAUACUUUCAUCCAGGUAAUGAAGCAAAUACCUAUCUUUCUUUUUUAAAAAAAAUAGAAAUGUUUUAUAAACGAAAAAGAUAUAAUUUAGGUUUAUCUAAUGAUUAUAAAAUUUCGACAAGUGGUUUAAAUAGUCUAUCACCAUCGUCUUCUUCAUCUUCUACUAACACACCGACAACAUCUUUAUCACAUCACGAAGGUAAACUACACACAGAAGAUCCGUCACACAAACGAGAAAUGAGAUUACAAAAAAAUCGUGAAGCAGCUCGAGAAUGUCGACGAAAGAAAAAAGAAUACAUUAAAUGUUUAGAAGAACGUGUUACAGGUUUAGAAAAUCAAAAUAAAGCAUUAAUCGAAGAAUUAAGACACUUAAAAGAACUUUAUUGUCAAAGUCAUAAUUCAACACCAGCAGAAUCUGGAACACGUUAA